AUGAUACUUAGCCUCUGGGUCGACAAGGCGCUAGAAGCCACCGCAAUGGACGCAGUGGACGCUCUACGCGCCUUUUUCCUGCUAUCCGCCAUUACAACAAUCACAAUCAGCAUCCCAACAUCCCUCCACUCACGCUUCCUCGUCUACGGGCCCCGCGCAACCUCCACCCCGGCCCAAAGCAAGGGUCUCCUCGACUACCUAGCCACCUGGCAAGUCCCGCACAGCUACUUCACCCACUUCUACAUUGCAUCGCUUCUGUCGUCCGUGUUCUGGGCCGCUCAGAUAGCAUGCAAAGGUGCGGCCUUCCGGGCCAUUGCGACGCGCGUUAGCGAGGAGCACCAGCGGUCUAGUAUGUCGCUUACGCAGGUAGUGAUCUGCUGUGCGCUGCUGUUCUUGCAAGGAUCGCGCAGGCUCUGGGAAUGUAUCUCGUUUUCGAAACCCUCUUCGUCGCGGAUGUGGUUUGUCCACUGGGCGCUUGGGCUGGGGUUCUAUCUGGCCGCUGGAGUGGCAAUUUGGAUUGAGGGGUCGAGGGCGCUUUUGCUGAAUGAUUUCUCUAUUGCGCAUUUUCAGAUGACCAAUGCGCCUAGUUUGCGGACUUUUGCUCUCGUUCCCCUGUUUCUAGUGGCCUCCGGACUGCAGCAUGACUCGCACCAUUAUCUGUCUUCGUUGAAGAAGUACACUCUGCCUGAACAUCCUAUGUUCCGUGGCGUUGUGUGUCCUCAUUAUGGUGCUGAGUGUAUAAUCUAUCUUUCGCUUGCGUUGGUGGCUGCGCCACGCGGUGAAUGGAUCAACAAGACUAUGCUGGCUUGUUUUGUCUUUGUCGCUGUGAACUUGGGUCUGACCGCGAGGAACACCAAGCAGUGGUAUGCGCAGAAGUUCGGCAAUGACUCGGUCAGGGAUUGGUGGUUUAUGGUCCCUUAUGUCUACUAA